AUGCGCUUACUAGUACUUUUCUGCGUUUUCCUUUACCUCGUUGGAGCCACCCAAGCUGCACCUACAACAAAUGCAACAAAUACAACUAGCGACAGUUCUGAAGCCCCAUCAUUCACGACCAGAACCAUAUGGUCCAUCAUCGCCAGCUCCGUUCUCACUCUGUUUGCAUGCAUCUACAGUGCUAUUCACCCCAACAUUCCGAGUCCCAGGGACAGCCCCCUUCGUAUCCUACGGCGACGACUUGGGAUCAUGAUAAUGGCACUAAUCGCUCCUGAACUGAUCGUCACCUGGGCUACGCGCCAGUGGAUCGGCGCCCGUCAGGUUACAAGACAGUUCAAGAAAUCAGGAUAUCCUAAUUAUACAUGGACUCAAGAACAUAGCCUCUUUGUGCUGAUGGGUGGUUUCAUGCUUUAUGUGGAUGGGAAACCCUAUCACACACUACAGCCUGACGAGGUCCUCAAGCUGAUACGUGCCGAGUGUAUCGACGCCCCUACCCUAACAGCAAACCAGAUCCGCGACAAGAGCAAAGGGAAUGUGAUAUCGAAAGGAUUAAUCAUGCUUCAGGUGGCUUGGUUUGUUAUGCAGCUCAUCACCCGCGCCAUUUAUCACCUCGAAACCACCCAGCUCGAAGUGGGGACACUCGCUUUUGCGGUCCUCAAUUUUCUCACCUAUGCCGUGUGGUGGAACAAGCCUCUCGAUGUGCGAUGUCCACAUCCAGUCUACUGGAAGUCGACAGAAUUAAGGCCAGAGGAUCACAUUUAUGAGUAUGUAUGCGCCUCGACAAUUAUACCGCUGCUGAUUAUCUCUGCCUUAGUGUCCCUGAAAUAG